AACUUCCACAAUCCAAUCUCAACUUCCCCACCCUCUCAUUCUUCCCAACGACCAAUUAACCACCACCUGCUUAUUCUCUCUCAAAACCCAGAAACAGAAACCUCAACAAGUCAACAACAAUGGCGCUCCCUCACUCUCCUUCCCCUUCCUCCUCCUAACUCUCUUCCUCCUUUCGUCCCUCUAUAUACCAAAACAUGGGAUUCACAAUUAUGAUGAGCAUCUUAUCUCAUUCAAACAAAUCAUAUACUUUUACAAAUUACAAACACUUACUUAAUUCUUCAAUGGAGGGGUGCAGGGUGCGAGCAGAGGAGUGGCCCAGCGCCGGCAGAGCUCUCGACACCGGGGUCGCCCUCGCACAGGCCACAGAGGAGGCGGGUUGGCUGGCGGCGAGCAGAGGAGUGGCGCGGCGCCAGCGGGUUGGAUGGCGGUUGCUGGCUGCGAGUUGGAUGGCGGUUGCUGGCCGCGAGCAAAGGAGUGAAGCGGCACCGGCGGAGCUCUCGACAGCAGAGGAGUGGCUGGUGACGGCAUCGCCCUUCAGGGUCGCCUGGUCGGGGAGGGAGAAGGGAGCGGCGGCGUCUUCUCUUCUUCGCGAUGCAGAUUGCAGCAGAGGAGAGUGAGGGUCGAUUGCAGAGAAGGAAGCCGCUUUGAUUAGGGUUAGGAGAGUGAGGGGUGCGGCGUCGUUUUCAAUUGCCGGUUAGCUAUGCAGGUUAGCCAGUUAACCGGGGGUUAUCACCGUCGGUUAGCCGGUUAACCGGCACAGGCAACCCUACUACCGCCAACCGCCCACAGCUUCAUUUUUCGGUUAAUCGGUAACCGGCGGUUAUCGGUUUAAUCGUCCGAUUAACCGGUAACCGCUAACCGAACGGCCAACCCUAGAAUAUAUGUAUGGAUAUUAACCAAAUGUUUACUAACUAUUUCAGGGUCCUUCGACAUGCAUUAAGUUAUGUUGUAUAAAAAAGAGUUUCUAUAUGGUUUUUAACUUAGCAAUUCAAGAAAGUGGUCUAUAUUUAUUCAAAGGUAAAUAAAUAUGUUUAGCACGAGCUAAAAAAUAUUGGUCUGAACUUUAAUUUCUAAUCCAUUACUAAUAUCAUUGCUUUUUUCUCAAAGAAAUGAUAAGUGCAUGUAAAUUUCAAAGCAACUACGAAGAAAAUGUGUUUUGAAGACUACUUUAUGAAGAAGAAUACCGGUUACUCAAUUCAACAAGAUUCUUGCUGAGCUAUUGAUAUUAUGUUCAUCAGAGCCAUCUCAUUCUUCUGUCUCUGAACUUCAAGUUACAUAAACAUUUCUUACUUUAUUAUUUUGAUAUAGUAAUUGAGUUGAUAAUGUUCAUUUAUUGGCGAUUCGUUGGUAUGGCCGGUGGAAAACUAUUCUCUUUCUUUAAAACUACUUUUUUAAAAGUAAAUUACAACUAUCUUGAUGUCACCUAAUAUUGAUAUUUACGAAGUGAUUGAAUUUCACUCAAGGUGACAUUAUUAAAUGAAGGUAUGGAGUAUUUACCAAAAAAGAAUGCAGUUGAAGUCCAUAUUAAGUUUAUUGAUUAAAUUAUUAUUAAAUCACAAAUUUGAAAUUUCAUGACCGAAUUAAUAGUUUUGAAGAGUAUCAAUAAUGGCAAAAAAUAAUCUCUAACAAACAUUUCUAAUUAUGAUGAGGUAAACUGUUUUGCCAUAAAAAUUAUAUUUCAUAUAUGAUUAUGUUUUAUUGUUUUAAUUCGCUUCGCGAAUUUUUUUGAAAAAUGCAGGUUGAUAACGAAGAUAGUGAAGUUGAUGAUGGAUAUUCUUGAUAGUAAAUUGUAAAGAGGUAUUGAUACUAGUCAUUUUGUGAUACCUACAAUAUCGUGUCAUUACGUUUAUUAUGAGUUGAUUAUUGUUGAUUUACCCUUGCACAAGUCAUAUCUUUUCAAUUUUAACAAGAAUAUGUAUAGAAGGCACCGAUUGCAAUUUUAGUAAUCUUUUAUGACGGAUGUUAAUUUUCUAUUUCCCAAGUAAUUGAAUAUUUAACUUUAUUGAUGGUAAAAACUAAAAAACUGUCUUGCUAUUUGAUAAAAAAUAUAUAAUUGUUUGUUAAUUUGCAUGUCAUUGACAUAUAAUAGUGAUACGAAUAUAAGAGAAGAUGAAAUCACCGAAAUUUAAAUUUGAAGCUUUGUUAAUUGCUGUUAUAUUGCAACCGGCCAAUGGGCCUUGGUACUAUCUAGUAUUUAAUAAACUGAUUCUAGAUUA